AGGGCACUGACCCUGUCCCUUCUCCAGGAGAGGCUGCCUUUGGACCUCUGCUGAUAGCCCUUUACUCUGCUCUGUCUCUGCUCCGCAUCGGGUUAUUACUGAAGGAGCUCUAAAACAGCAGGAUGGGUUCACUGUAUGUGCAGUCCUUGUGGCUGCUGUCCGCGCUCUCCGCCACCCUGGCUGCCUACGACAUCUGCAACGCCAAGCCCAAAGACCUGCCCCUGGAGCCCAUGUGCAUCUACCGCAGCCCGGAGCCCGUCCCGGACUCAGCAGAGCCGGACAAGAUCCCAGAGGCCACAAACCCCCGAGUAUGGGAGCUCUCCAAGGCCAACAGCCGCUUUGCCCUGUCGUUUUACAAGCACCUGGCCCAGGAGAAACCCAGCGGGUCCAACAUCUUCCUGUCUCCCAUCAGUAUUUCCACGGCAUUUGCAAUGACCAAGCUGGGUGCCUGCAACACCACAUUGGAGCAGAUCAUGAAAGUAUUUGAGUUUGACACCAUCAAGGAGAAGACAUCCGAUCAGGUUCACUUUUUCUUCGCCAAGUUGAACUGCCGGCUGUACCGCAAGAAAGACAAGACAACUGAGCUGGUCUCAGCCAACCGUCUGUUCGGAGAUAAAUCCCUUACUUUCAACGAGACGUACCAGAACAUCAGCGAGCUUGUGUACGGGGCCAAACUGCUGCCGCUCAAUUUCAAGGAGAAGCCGGAUCAGUCGAGGAUGAUUAUCAAUGAGUGGAUCGCGAACAAGACUGAGAACAGGAUUAAGGAAACGCUGCCAGAGGGGGCACUUGACAGCAACACGGUGCUGGUUCUGGUCAACACCAUUUACUUCAAGGGUCAAUGGAAGAGCAAGUUUGAUAAGGAGGACGUCUUCAAGGAUGACUUCUUCCUCGCCGAUACUACAACCUGCUCGGUGUCAAUGAUGCACCAGGAAACCAAAUUCCGCUAUGGCAGAUUUGAAAAAGACAAGGUCCAGGUGCUGGAGCUGCCCUACAAGGGUGAAGACAUCACAAUGGUGCUGAUCCUGCCUUUCAAAGGGACACCCCUAUCUGAGGUGGAGGACAAGCUUGAGCUGAAGAAACUGACCGACUGGCUGGCUGCACUGAAGGAGACCACAGUGGCCGUACAGAUGCCCCGAUUUCGCAUUGAGGACAGCUUCAGCCUGAAGGAUAAGCUGCAGGUCUUGGGACUUGAGGAUCUCUUCCACCCCCACCAUGCCAGCUUGCCAGGAAUUGUUGAAGAUGAGGCAAAUAACCUGUUCAUUUCAGAAGCCUUCCACAAAGCCUUCUUAGAGGUGAACGAGGAGGGCAGCGAGGCGUCGGCGGCGACCGCGGUGGUGGCGGUCGGCCGCUCCAUAAACCUCAACCGUGAGCGGUUCAUCGCCAAUCACCCCUUCCUCCUGCUCAUCCGGGAAUCCACCAUCAACACCAUGGUGUUCACAGGUCGUGUAGCUGACCCCUGCUCCAGCAGCUAGUGACACGCGCUCCCCAGUGACACCUGAUUACCUUAGAGCGGGGGGGGGGGGGGGGGCGGGGGGUGCAGGGACGCCACACUGCAAACAGAACCAUACAGUCACUGUUGUAAUUUAUACCCACUGAAGAGAAUGAAAUGCUGCUGUCUAUGUUUUGUUCUUUGUUGCUCCUCCAAAAUAAAUGAACAGGGAAAAAAAACAAAAGGCAUAAACGGGUUUGU